AUGAAACGACUGGAAAAUGAAGAGGCCAGGGACUACAUGCAGCAGCGCAUCACGCGCAUGGCACUUGUCGCGAGUACUCUGCAAGAUUGGCGCAGUUUUCUGGUGCUUGGCUCCAUGACCUGUCUGGCCUCAGCGGUGGUUCUUCUGGAGGAAAAGUUGAUGCAGCGCCUGUCCAGCAAGGUCGCGCGCGAUGCCACGCCUGACCUAUUCUUGGACGGUGCCAAACUUUUGGUCAGCCAAGCCUUCUCACAACAUGGCAUUCGCCGCAGGCUGUGGUGCUGGCUGGAAGUCUGCAUUGCGGUCCUUUGGCUGGGAUUCGUGUUGGUUCUCGCUAACUGGGCUUGGUGGUUGCCGGUGGCAGUUAUGUCAUAUCUGAUACCAGCCAUUGUCUUCCAUGGAGUAGGAGCUGUGCUCCACGCACCAGCCCUGACAAUUCUGAGCAGAGGCUUCGCUGAACGGGUGUGGGCACUCCUGCGCACUUUGACUUUCUGCGGUUUGUGGGUCGCCUAUGUCUGGUACCUCCUGCACGCGUUAGUUCGAGGCGACCUCGUCGCAGCCGUUAAACAUUCGGGACUGGGCCUUAACCCGCUCUUUGCGGAAUGGGGUGAAAACAAGCUUGGGUUUGUUUGGAAUGACUUCGACAACAGGUUGGACACUCACUGGAUGUUCUCGUGGGCCCCGCCACUGUAUGCUCUUGAUAUUUUCGGCAUCUUGUGCGGCUUUUACCUUCUCCUCGUUACUUUGUACACUGGAUGUCUUCUUUUGGAAGUUUGUGGCACCGCAUUCUGUGGUCCUCCUGCAACCUUCGUUGAUCCAGAGCACAGGACAGCAAAGACGCAGGCCGUGAAGGAUUUGCUGCAAAUGAAGACUCCAGAAGAGUUUGGCCAAGUGAACACGAAGAUCAUGCCGACGGUGGCAUUCUCCUGGCCCUGGAAAGGUGGUGGGCUGUAUUUUGGGGUGGCAUUGCUUGUGCUGGAUGUGGUAUUGGACGCCAACACAGUCUUCACUUUCCUUGCAUCAAAACACUACUUCUUUGCCGCGGUCAUGACAUUUGUGGUGGCGCGCAGCGGCCUGAAACAGCUGCGUGUGCUCCCACCUUGGCGCCUCCGACAGGCGCUCAAGGCAAGCACAGAGCGGGGCAUCAUAAGGCAAGAUCUCUUAGACUACCUGGAGGAGGAGAAGCGCUCCGAAGCCUUCUUCUGCGCCUGCAUUACGGCCUACGCCUUCUUCUUCGCCGUGCAGACUGCAGACCAGAUGGUGGUCCAGUCUGGCAGCCUGCUCCUGAGCACCUUCCAGUUCGCAGGCUACGCCACUCAAGCUUUCAAUCUGGACGAGUUUGACAGCCUGCAGGCAUCGGCAGAUGAGGUGGUUGCGGCUCCUCCGGUCCAUGUCCUUGGCAUCCAAGUUGACUGCGAUGCCAUGAUGGAGGCUGAGACCUCCACUGGCGCCGGGUUGGCUCAGACGUCAGAGUGCGUUGGUGGGUUGGGCUUCACAGCUGCUGCGGAGUUGGGCCGUGCAGCUACCCCAGCAGCAGGUUCUGGAGAGAUGCCAGACGUGGCCCGAGCAGAAGCAGCCGUGGCAGUGAUUGUCAGGGACUUGCCUGCGCCGGCAUGGGGCUUCGAGGAGAUGCCGCAGACGUUUCAGAAUGUCGAAGCGAAUGCAAUCACUCCACUUUCCAUUGAGUUGAACAUGGCAGACGCACCGAUGCCGGCGCUGCCACCGAUGGCAGCGUGGCGCUUGGAGGAGAGAUCGAGCCCAGCCAGCAAUCCAAAAAAUCCAAUUCGAAAGGCCAAGGCAAGCAGAGCCAGCUCGCGGCGGCAACGAAGUUUUCGAGAGCCUAGGUCCUCCAAGCCGCAGUA